CGGUCCGGAUCUCUGUGAUUUUUGGCGCUGAGCUGCAGGAGAGACCGACCACAAGGCCGAGGACUAGAAGAAGAAAAAGAAAGCUGGGUGCUUUUGUUAAACCGGAGAAAGAGGGAGCUAGAGCUUAUUAAGAAGAAGACUUGCACGUAGUGGGAGGGCGGUGAGGAUUGAACAGACGUCUAUCAGUAGCGGGGUUUCGACUAAACGCUCCCGUCCCUGACACAGAAGAAGAGCCAAGCUCCGGGAUUGGGCAGCGACCAAGAGCGGAACAGCCCCCUCCUCCCCUCGGUUCACAAUUGCGUUAAAACGAGAAAGGGGGGGAAAAGGCCUGAGCUUUAUCUAUAUAACAGGAUAUAUUUGUGAUUUCUCCCCCCAUCCUUCUUAUAUAUUACACGAGGACCCGUUGCUGGCUGGUGUAUGUGUUUAGAAUGGGACACGCUGAAGGUCCAGUCAAAGAAAAAGACAGUUAAGGAUGCAGGAGCCCAACAAUGGAUUUCUCCUUCUCUUUCAUGCAAGGGAUCAUGGGAAAUACAAUUCAGCAACCCCCUCAGCUCAUUGACUCAGCCAAUAUCAGACAGGAAGGCACCUGCGACACCGGCAGUGACCCCGGCGAGGAUGGUGGUCCCUCCUACGAUGCUGCCCUGGAUGCAGAGUUUUCUUACCCGCCGUCGGCCGCGGAGGACAUGUCGCAUGUCUCCAAUGGCUAUCCGCCCGGCCUGGGCAUGUACGAGCCGCAGGCCAAGUUCUCCAUGUACUCGCAGUUCCCCAACGGCUCGGCCAACGGCUACGGGGCCACCCGGAGCUACGGCGAUCACAGCCUCAUGCCGGGCGAGGGGACCGUCCUGAGGGGCCCCGGUCUGCAGGAGAGGCCUUUGUCUCCCGUGUCCCCACCUCUGCACCCGCACCUCCACCACCAUCACCCCCAUCUCCAUCACCCCCAUCACCACCUCCCCCUCCCCCACCCCCACCACCACCACGGCGCACACCACUUCCACUCGAACCCGAACCCGCCUCACAUACAAACCCAGCUGCACCCGCAGAGUCCCCCGCCGGCACCGCUGCCGCCUCUGCAGCACCACCUGCCUCACACGCCUCACAUCAUGACCCACACUCUUCCCCCUCCUCCGCCGCUGAUCCUGCCUUCCUCCAGUCCCCCGCCCUCCCUGGUCGACAGCACCCCUUCCUCUAAACCUCCCCACGGUCUGUCCAACACCACGGGCGGGGUGCUGAAGAAAACCAGCUCUCCAGAGAUCAAGCUGAAGAUCAUAAAGACAUAUCAGAAUGGGAAAGAGCUGUUUGAGUCUGCGCUGUGCGGAGACCUGCUGCAAGAGCUGCAGAAGAACGAGACCACUCCGAUGCAGCGCCGACACGAAAGGAAGAAGGAGAAGAGGAAAAAGAGCGCGCGACUGCAGGUGCAGGACCAGGAUCAUCAGGAGUUGGAAGAGAACCUGGAGCAGAACCUGGACCAGGACCAGGACCAGAGCCAAGCACAGGCAGGUACCACAGAGCAGGCGGAGGACGCCCACAUCAAGUCGCCGCCGACAGAGACGUCCCCGGCCCAGACGGAGAAGCCUCAGAAGACCGUCAUCAAAACUGAACCAAAGACGCCGAAGAUCCCGAAGGUCCACCAUCCGUCUGUGAUCCAGGAGACGGGCUUCUGUAAGGAGUUUGUGAUAGGAGAUCUGGUGUGGUCCAAGGUGGGCACCUACCCCUGGUGGCCCUGCAUGGUCUCCUCCGACCCGCAGAUGAAGGUCCACACUCGCAUCAACACCAGAGGUCACAGGGAAUACCACGUCCAGUUCUUCGGCAGCGUUGCCGAGCGAGCGUGGAUCCACGAGAAGAGGAUCGUCCUGUAUCAGGGGAAGCAGCAGUAUGAGGACCUUCAGGCUGAGACGCUGCGCAAGGCCUCGAACCCGGUGGAGAAACACAAACUUCUGAAGCCCAUCGCUCAGCGGGAGCGUUCUCAGUGGGAAGUGGGCAUCGGCCACGCCGAGGACGCCUUGGUGAUGUCGCGGCAGGAGCGCAUCGACAACUACACCUUCAUCUACGUUGACCCCGACCCCAUCGAAGGCCCGUCCAGCAAGAAACCCACCAUGCGAGCCGAGAGGCAAAACCGGCGCUCCAGCGGCUCGGUCAGUAAGAAGGAGGAGGGGGCAGUGAAGUCGCCGGAGAGAGAGCAGCCGCCGCGACGGCUGAUGCCGCGCAGGCAGUGCAGCAUUUCGAACACGGACGACGGCGCCAACUCCCAGGCCGCACACGAAGAGAAGAGCCAGAGGGAGCAGCGUAAAGCCAGCUCCCCGAAGCCGAACGCCAGCGGCGACACGCGGCCCGAAUCGCCGCCGCCGGUCCGGGCCUGGAAGACGGCGGCCGCCAGGAAGCUGCUGCCUCUCUCCAUCACCAUGAAGAGGCUCAACGUGGAGAUCACAAAGUGCGACUGGCCUCUGCUGCAGAAAAAAGCUGCGCCGUCUCCGAAAAAAGAACCGGAGGAGGAAGAGGAGGAGGAGGAAGAAGAGGAAGAAGAAGAGGAAAAAGAGGAGAGAGUGGCCAGGGACGUGAGGGAGGCCCGGCAGCCCGACCUGGGGUACUGCUCGCCCGAGGACAGCAGAGCUAAACCCGAGCCCAGUCCAGAGGAGGAGGAGGAAGAUGGGGAUGGGGAUGAGGGAGAGGGAGAGGUGGAAGAAGAGGGGGAGGAGAGGAGAGGGUCCCCCGCGAGUCGGAGGAGUGAGGAAGGGAUGCAGCAGACCUCCUCUCCCGGAUCACACCACAGCAGUCCACACGCUUCUCAGGAGAGGAAGCUGCAGCGGCGGUCAGUCCGGAGCAGGUCGGAGUCAGAGAGAGGCAACGAUCCCAUCCCGAAGAAGAAAACUAAAAAAGAACAGGCUGAGAUGGCUCCUGAGACCACGCUGAGGACCGGCUCACAGAAAGGAGCCAGUGAGAUCUCAGACGCCUGCAAGCCCCUGAAGAAGCGAAGCAGAGCGUCGACGGACGUGGAGAUGGCUUCUUCUCAGUACAGAGACACCUCCGACUCCGACUCUAGAGGCCUCAACGACACACAGGGUUUAUUCGGGAAGAGUCUCGAUAGUCCAGCGGCAGCUGACGCAGACGCCUCCGACACCCAGUCCGUGGACUCCGGCUUGUCCCGUCAGGACGGCAGCACCGGCAAGAGAGACACCGUCUGCCAGGUCUGCGAGCUGUACGGAGAGGGCCUGGCGGUGUGUGAAGGCGACUGCCGUCGGCAGUUUCACCUGGACUGCCUCGGCCUGACUUCGCUGCCCGAAGGCCGCUACACCUGCCUGGAAUGCAGAAAUGGCAAUCAUACUUGUUUCAGCUGUAAAACGGCAGGCCGGGAGGUGACGCGCUGCUCCGUGUCCGGGUGCGGUUGCUUCUACCACGAAGAGUGCGUCCGCAAGCUGCCGGGCACAACCGGCGGUUCGGACAGAGGCUUCAGCUGCCCCCAGCACAGCUGCUCCACCUGCUGCCUGGAGAGAGACCUGCAGCGGGCCAGCAACGGCCGCCUGAUGCGCUGCAUCCGCUGUCCGGUGGCCUAUCACACGGGGGACAGCUGUGUGGCGGCGGGCAGCGUGGCGCUCACCCAUCACAUCAUGAUCUGCAGCAGCCACGGCGGCUCCAAGCGGAACGGCCUCCUCAGCUCCCCCAUCAACGUGGGCUGGUGCUUCCUGUGUGCCAGAGGACUGUUAGUGCAAGACCUUACUGACACCAUAUUAAGUUCAUAUGCCUAUAAGUCCCACUACCUUCUGACUGAGUCAAAUCGUGCUGAGUUGAAAUUACCUAUGAUUCCCUCUCCUUCGUCAGCUACCAAAAAGAAUGUUGGGAAAGGAGGCAAGUUGCUGUGCUGCGACACUUGCCCGGCUUCCUUCCACCCGGAGUGUCUGGAGAUGGAGACGCCGGCGGGGGCGUGGUCCUGCAGCGACUGCAGGGCGGGGAAGAAACCGCACUACAAACAGAUUGUCUGGGUCAAACUGGGCAACUACAGGUGGUGGCCAGCGGAGAUCUGCAACCCUCGCCUGGUGCCGUCCAACAUUCAGAGCCUCCGCCACGACGUCGGCGACUUCCCCGUCUUCUUCUUUGGCUCCCACGACUACUACUGGAUCAACCAGGGCCGCGUCUUCCCUUACCUGGAGAACGACAAGAACUUUGUCUCGGGUCAGAUCAACAUCAACAAAACGUUCAAGAAAGCUCUGGAAGAAGCGGCCCGGCGGUUUCAUGAGCUCAAGGCACAGAGGGAGAGCAGGGAGGCUCUGGAGCAGGAACGCAGCUCUCGCAAACCUCCGCCCUACAAGUUAAUCAAGUCCAACAAACCUGUGGGGAAAGUGCAGAUGCACGUAGCUGACUUGUCGGAGAUCCCACGAUGCAACUGCAGACCAGCAGACGAGCACCCGUGCAGCCUCCACUCUCAGUGUCUGAACCGCAUGUUGCAGUACGAGUGUCACCCUCAGGUGUGUCCUGCAGGAGACAUCUGUGAGAACCAGGGUUUCUCCAAGCGGCUGUCUGCGGAGACGGAGGUGAUCAAGACUGACGGCCGCGGCUGGGGCCUCAGGACCAACCAGGCACUCCGGAAGGGCGACUUUGUGACCGAGUACGUGGGAGAGGUGAUCGACUCGGAGGAGUGCCAGCAGCGGAUCAAACGCGCCCACGAGAACCACGUGAACAACUUCUACAUGCUCACGCUCACCAAGGACCGCGUGAUCGACGCCGGGCCGAAGGGGAACUCGUCUCGCUUCAUGAACCACAGCUGCAGCCCGAACUGUGAAACCCAGAAGUGGACGGUAAACGGGGACGUCCGCAUCGGACUCUUCGCCCUCUUUGACAUCGAGGCCGACACGGAGCUGACGUUCAACUACAACCUGCACUGCGUGGGCAACCGGAAGUCGUCCUGCCAGUGCGGAUCAGACAACUGCUCUGGAUUCCUCGGGGUGCAGCCGACGAGCGCUGUGGUGAUGGAGAAGGAGGAGAAGGCCAGGAACGCCAGGCUGAAGCCAAAGAAGCGGAAGCUGCGGCCGGAGGGCAAGCACACGCACGAGUACUUCUGCUUCUGCUGCGGAGAGGGAGGCGAGCUGGUGAUGUGCGACAGGAAGGAGUGUCCGAAGGCGUACCACCUGCUGUGUCUCAACCUCACCAAGCCGCCAUACGGGCGUUGGGAGUGUCCGUGGCACGACUGCAGCGUGUGCGGCGCCGCGGCCUCUUCCCUUUGCGACUUCUGCCCACGCUCCUUCUGCCGGGAUCACGAGGCGGGAGCGCUCACCUCCUCCGCCCUAGAGGGCCGCCCAUGCUGCUCUAGCCACGACCCCGUCAGCCUGUUGGGCUCGAACUCCGGCCCGACCCAGCCGCGCCGCUCCGCUCUGAGCCCCGCCGCCGUCAAGGAGGAGCCGGAGGAGGAGGAGGAGGAGGAGGAGGAGGAGGAGGAGGCGGGCCACCCGGCUUCCGAAUGACAUCGCGGCUCCCCCUCAAUACCUCAUUCCCUGUAGCGUGCGCUCCCCUUUUGGCCUCCUGGGCUCCGAUCGCCCGCUCCGACAAAAAGGGAAUACGAUGCUUUUUCUUUUUGACGAGCGCCACGAGACGCCGACAAACGCCUCGCCGCUGGCGGUCGCGAGAGCAGAGCGGCCGGAGUGCCGGCAGGGGGAAGCGACGAGGCGUCAUUGUGCGCCGCCCCCCCCUCCUCUCUUUGCCACACACACACCACCACUAACACUCCACAGGCCAGAGCCCCACCUCAUCAUGUUUUGUUUUUUACCGCUGUGGAAAUAGUAAGUGUCGUCACGUCGUCAGAUACUUGGAACUUUGAGGGAGCUAACGAGUGAGGUGGAGGGAGAGGAGGGGAAAAGGAGGAGCUCUCCACCGCCACGCUGCUCCUCUCCUGAUGACAGGAAACGAGCCGGCCUUCCUCCUCCUCCUCCUCCUCCUCGAGAUGUGAUCGGAUGCAUCUCUUCUAUAAAAAAAAAAAGAAGGAAAGAAUAAAAAACAAAAAGGGAGUGGGGGGGGGUGACCAAUUUUUGUGCAAUUCUUUUCAGGACCACACUACAUUCCAACCUUCCUUCGACAUGGUUUUGAAAUAUACUUAUGGGUAUAGAUGAAUAUAAUUAUAUACAGUAUCUAUGUUUGUUAAUGUUUACAGACCGAUUCUCUCACGUCAUCUCAGUGAGCGGUGUAUUACGUUUGUUUGUUUCGGUGUUAAGCAUUGCGCAGACCUAGUGAACAUAGUCCUAUUAAGGUGACAUAUAAUGGUAUAUAGCGUCAUGGUAAUGACAUUACAGAAGUACUCGUGAUCUUUCAUAUUGCCAGUCUCACUCGCCAUUGUGUACAUAAAUCGGGUCAUGAUAUUUGUAAAUUACGUGAAGAUCGGGAGGGGCGGAGCCUCACCUCUUUGGUUGUUCCUGGAAGAAGGAAACUCCUUUUUUUUUUUUUUAUCAAGAUCUGUUCCCACAUUUUACUCCAAUUGCUGUUCUUUGUAUUGUAGACGGGGGGCUCAGCUUGUGAUCACUGGUGCUGUCUUAAAAGUAUUGUUGAUCAGCCUUAAGUUUGACUCUGGCUGUAGUGACUACGGCCCAGACGCAGUCCGUUUCAGUAAAGUCGUGUACUGUGACCGCUUCUUCUUCACUUUGUUUUUUUGCCAAACUUUUCCUAAAAAAGCACUUUUCCACGGCUCGUCGCGACACUUAGCUAGAACACGCAUAUACAGAAAUGUGUAUAUUAAAAGAACAUAAGACAAGUGUUUCAAAAAUGGAUACCUCUUGUAGUAACGUCGGAAUUAUAACUGUAUUCUUUUCUGUUGUCCUCUCGAGUUGCUGGGCGUUUUUUAAUUUUUUAUUUAAGUGUUUUUGGAGGUAGUGGCCUCAACGCGGCUGCUUUCUUUAGGCACAAGUAGAAAUGACUGCCGGCCCGGCUUCGUAUACAGAAAAUAAGUCUGUAGUGUCCUCGAGACGCACUUCUGGAGGAGGACAUCCUCGAGGCUGGGCUUCACGUAGAGGCGUCACGGUGCAACAACAGUCCAGUACGAUGUACAAAUACAAACUUCUGUACAGUGUUUUUAAUCGCUCAUCCGUCAAAGUCCAAUUUUCUGUGUAUUUAUUGCACCACAUUUUGAGACCAAUUUCUUCUUUUUUUUCUCAAAACACCAGUGCAGUAAUUUGUCUUCUCUCCACCAUGGUGUACGUGAAAUAGAAAUGGAAAAGAAAAAAAACACGGGGAGUUUUACACGAUAUGUCUAUUUAGUCAUUGCAUACGUUUUUAUUUUUUUAUUUUCACAUUCGGUGUAAUGAUUCCACACUGGUGAACGCCGCUGCUCAUCCACCUGUAUCGUGACUCACUGUAUUUGGCGUUUUAAAAGCAGUAUGAAGCGGUUCAAUAUAGGAAUGUAAAGUUUCAGUUCCACCUGAGGUUUUGUGCUUUUUGUUUGUUUACCCUGGACUCAAGGAAGUUUAUCUGUAAACUCGCCUCCGCCUUUUUCUUGUGAUUCUCUCCAUCUUUACAUCGUUUCUAAGUAGCCUGUUGUCUCUUUCGGCCUUUACAGGUGAGCUGCAGGGUAAAACUGUGCCAAUUCCCCCAAAUAACUUGAGAUCUUUGAGCGCAUUCAGUCAGUCUCCAGUUUAUUCGGAACACUGAGUUGAAACCUGAUGCAGUAUACAACCGUCCUGCCGAGAAGGGCAGCCAUUGAAUGCAGAACGUUCUUCUGGGGUCACACUGCUCCUCGAGGGCGAAGCACUGAAGGAGAGUCACACGAAGCAAAACAACAUGAGAGUGGAGCACUUUCAAAUGCUAAACAUACGCACAUAAAUGCAUACAUACCUAACACUUAUUCAUCUAGUACUUAAAUACCUGUCGUUCAGAGGAGUUAAUAUUUCAUCUGUGCUGCACACUCUUCUGCAUUCAACAGCUGCUCUUCUUUUGUCACUCAUGAAACUAUUUUGGAAGUUUUUUUAUAUACACUCGUGGAUUCCUGAAAAAAACAAACGACUACUUGAUGAUUUUCUUGCUGCUGUCUGAUUUGCCAAACUCUUCACAUUCAGAGACAUGUUUUUGAGUUCAGCAGUAAGUAUUUCGGUGUUCAGUAUCAGGAAAGUGCAUCUUUAAGUCACUUUUACUUCAAAAACUCAAACCGGUCUGCGUGUGCAAACUUGAAUUUUCUUCAUUUAAAAAAAAAGAUUAUUUAUUGUAUUUUUCUUUUCUUUUCUCCUUGACUCGUGUUUGCGGCUCAAGAGAAAAUGUCUCUGGUUGUGAUUACAUAACUAGAUUUAAAGCCUUUUACGGUUUUGUUUUAUUUUCCUGUUUGGCUGAAACGCAAGAUUCCGACAUCACACACUGGUUUAACCCAUUUCACUUAGAGAAUCUCUUUAAAUGCCCCUUUUCAGAGUUUUGUCUUUAUUUAUGUUACUUUUUGUUUGCAUUUGAUUGUUUGCACCCGCAGAUCACAUGAUCAUUGUGCCAGUUGGUCCUCUGCUGCCCCUCUGCGCUGACACGGCAGCAGUAUUACGUCUGCCUCACUUAAGUGUCCCAGCGUGCGUCAUCUCCUUCACUUAAUUCUUUCUGAUGGGUACGUGUCCUUCUGUUGGUUUCUUGUCAUGGUAGGGCCCACAUUUGUUAUUCAAGAGACUGCAUGUUUGCUCUCAUUUAAGUGACCCUUUGAUACGCCCCAGGAGGAUUCUUUUUUUCUAAAGUCUCCAGGAUUCAUAUCCUUUUUUUUUCUAUAUUUAGGAUGGACCCCUCUGUAUGUUCACGGGUAUAUUUCACUGUGACGUCUUUUGUUUUUUCGUGCAAUGUCUCUUUUUAAUUGACAUGCUGUCCGAGCAGAAAUAGUGUUUGAGUAAAUUAAUAAAUACUUCACCGUCAUAAGCACUCAUCUCUUUCUUUCGUUUUUACUUGUGGUAAAAAUGACUUGCAGUAACUCUAACUGGGGUCAUAUCUAUCUCUCGGUGUUACUUCGAUUAAAACGUGGAUGAACACAAAAUACCAUGUUGAUUACUUGUUCAACCUGUGACUGCAUAUUGUCGAAGAACUUGUAAAUAGUUUGCAUUGAACUUGCAUAGAAUCAUCUUACUGUGGCGUGCUUCUUUUUUUCUUUUUUUUUUGCCUGUACAAUUCUGCUUCUAAAUGUGUGUGACUGUUGAGACGACACUCUUUUUGUACAUGACUGUCUUUUUAUUUGAGAAUAUUGAUUCUGUCCUUUUUCAUUCUAAAGUUGAGUUUGAAGAGUUCAGACAUGCCUGAAGUUUGACUUUAAUAAAGCUGUACUCUGUUUCGGUGAAAGGUU